CAGCAUUUCCGAGCCAGAAGAAAAAACAGCUCCACCUUCCAACUCUCUAUUCCCGACCUCAGAUUUACCAAUAGGAAUUCCAUUCGCCAGUUUUCUGCGAGGAAAACAUGGAAACGUGGCAGGCAGCCUUAGGAUGGAGUGAAAAGAGUGCAGGAAAAUAAGAAAGCGCUCCAAACACGGUUCCCUCUAAUGGCUCUUUUGACUCCUACGCUGCCCGACUUCUCCUUUUGAGCAGUUUGCUCUUCCUCGGCUUCUGUGGGAAGCGCUAUCAAUGAUGCAUCCAGAAGAGGAGACCACGAAACGGGGCUUAAUUUUGACAGAAAAGGCUGGAAGGCUUUGCUUUUGUGCAAAUCUGCCCAGUUCGGCAGAAUCAAGCCCUGCCUGUUAUUUCCCUCCUCUAUUUUUGCAACCUAAAGAGGUCAGCUUCAGCAUUCGGAUGACACUUUUUCAAGGAAAGGCAGUUCUCUUAUGGAUAUCCGUGCUCGCCCUCUUAUCGCUGGCCAUUUCCACCUACCUGGUCAGGGAUGCGAAAGGGACCUUGAUGGACAGCACCAGCACCCAAGGCGAGCAUCCGACCGAAGAACCGAAACGGUUGCUGCUGAGCAGCUGGUUUCACCCAAGCGCACGGACAGAGGUCCCCACCAUGAGCCUGUGGUCAGCCCCCAUCGUGUGGGAUGGGACGUUCGAAAGAGACAUCCUCAACUCGCACUACAAGCGGCAGAAAGUCACCGUGGGACUGACCGUUUUCGCCAUUGGGAAGUACCUGGACAAAUACCUGAAGGACUUCUUGGUUUCCGCCAACACCUUCUUCAUGGCGGGCCACCAGGUCAUCUUCUACAUCAUGGUCGAUGACCUGCUCAAAGUGCCCAAGGUCAAGCUGGACCCUCAGCGGACGCUGAAGCUUAUCUGGGUCAAGCAGCACAACCGCUGGCAAGACAUCAGCAUGAUGCGCAUGAAGACCAUCGGGGACCUGAUCGAGCAGCGCAUCCGCUUCGAGGUGGACUUCCUCUUCUGCAUGGACGUCGACCAGGUCUUCAGGAGCCACUACGGGGUGGAGACCCUCGACACGUCCGUGGCCCAGCUCCAUGCCUGGUUCUACAAGGCACAGAGGAACCUCUUCACCUACGAGAGGCGCCCCGAGUCGGCCGCGCACAUCCCCUACGAAGAGGGGGACUACUACUACCACGGAGCAGUCUUUGGGGGCACCCCGCUGCAGGUGCUGAACCUCACUCGGCAGUGCUACCAAGGCAUCCUGCAGGACAAGCGGCGGGAGGUGGAGGCCAUCUGGCACGACGAGAGCCACCUCAACAAGUACUUCCUGCUCAACAAGCCCACCAAGCUGCUCUCCCCCGAGUACUGCUGGGACUACAAAAUCGGCCCCCAGCCUCAGAUCCAUAAUGUAAAGUUGUCCUGGAUGCCUAAAGAAUACCAGAACGUCAGAGACAAUGAUUGACCUGCCCCAACCCCUUGCGUGGACUAGAGCUGGCCCGCAGCCACGGACAUUUGAAGGGCCCGGCUGAGCCUCGCUCCGUCACCCCCUGCAGAAGAUGAGGAGGGCCAAGCUGGGGCCCCAGAGGGGCUGCAACAGUGAGGAAGAGUCCAGCUGUCCUCUGCCCCCUCCUGCCCCCUUCGUUUCUCUCCGCAUUUGGUCAGCCUCUCUCUCUUUUUCACCCAUGGCGACUUGUGGGGUGAGGUCUUCCUCCUGGCUGAGCUUCUCUCGUUUGGAGAAGCCCUUUGCUCAGAGAGAGAACCAAGCUGGGCUCCGUCGACAUUUAAACCUCUGUACGCCUUUCACCCCACCAGAGCAAGUGCAUGUAGACCAAACAGCUCGGGCAUUCCCCAUCCUUUCUUUUAGAUUCGACCGUUUUGUCUCAGACUCUUUUGGGUGCUUGGGACU